AUGGGGAGCCUUAGCUUUUCUUCAGCUGCGUCGCGAAAGAGCAAUCUCCUCAUUUGCCUCUGCCUCAGCAUAGCAGCUCUAGCAGCUGUUCGCAGCAUAAGCACCCUGCGUGCCAACAGCCCCAGAGCCUUGUUGAGAGUUUCAGGUGCAGGGAACAGGGAAGUCCUGACGGCUAGCAGCUACCAUGCACGGAGUAGAAGCCCCCUGAGCAAAGAUGGAAGCGUGGAGAUGAGCGACAGUCAGCCUUUGCGUGUCUUUGUCUAUGACGUCCCUCGGAGGUUCACAUUUGGCAUGAUUGAGACAUACUACCAAGCUCGCGGCCUCAAAGACAGCGAACCUGACAAGGGAGGUGGACCAGACACAGUUCCCGCAUACCCUGCACAUCAGCACGCCUCUGAGUGGUGGCUCUUCCAGAGCCUAUUCACACAAGAAGAGUUGAGGACGGUCGCCAGCGGGGGAACUAGUAUGAGGCGAAAAGUCCUGGAAGCUCACAGUAACUCUUCCUCCGGAGCGAAACCCCGUCCUGCCAGGCGAAAGUCCCUCGUCGCGGGGACCGCAAACCCGCGCAAGCGCAGCGCGUACGCGGGGCAGCACGUCUCUAGUUCCACGGCCAUCAGGGUGACGUCACCAGAGGAUGCUGACGUCAUCCUGGUGCCGUUCUUCAGCUCGCUGAGCCUGAUCGUGCUGCCGCUCGACAAGGUGCGGGCGCAGGGGGCCGGCGCUGACGUGGCAGGGGGUGCUGACGUGGCAAGAUAUGAUGACGAGGCAGAGCAACGGGCGCUGAUGGGUUGGGUGGAGGCGCAGGAGCCGUGGAAGCGGUCAGGGGGGCGGGACCAUGUGUUUGUGUCGUCGGACCCGGCCGCGAUGUCCGAAGUGCACGACCGGACAAAGAACUCCAUCCUUCUUGUCGCGGACUUCGGACGCUUGCGCCCGGACCAGGCGUCCCUGCAGAAGGAUGUCGUCAUCCCGUACGUGCACCGGGUGCCCAUUUACACCCCCCAGGACGAAGGCGCGACCCCCGCGGAGCGACACCUGCUGCUUUUCUUUGCUGGCAACCGCUUCCGGAAAGAGGGCGGUACGAUCCGCACGAAGCUGUUCGAGGUGCUGGCGACGGAGGAGAGCGUGUCCAUGGUUGAAGGGAUCCCCUCGGCGGAGGGCCGCCGCGCCGCCAUGAAAGGCAUGCGGACGUCCAAGUUCUGCCUCAGCCCCGCAGGCGACACCCCUUCCGCGUGCCGCCUCUUCGACGCGAUCGUCAAUCUGUGCGUCCCGGUCGUCGUAUCCGACCGCAUCGAGCUGCCGUUUGAAGACCGGUUGGACUACAGCACGUUUGCGCUGUUCAUUCCCGAGGCGAAAGCGCUCGAGCCGGGGUAUCUGGCCGGGCGGCUCCGCGCGGAGAUCGCGGCCGGGCGGUGGGAGGGCAUGCAGCGGCGCUUGCGGGAAGUUCGGAGUUUAUUUGAGUACUCGGAGCCAUACGGAGCCAUCGACAUGGUGUGGGACAAGAUCGCCACGAAGGUGCCCGCCGUUCGGGAAGCGAUCCAUCGGGAGCGGCGAAGCAAGCUCGGAGAGCUGCCGGCCUGA